AUGCUGCGGACAAUACCACGCUCCGUUGCGCGCCAGAGCCGACCUCUAAGGAUAUCGAACCGGACACCACAGCUCCUCCGCCCACUCUCCACCACCGCAUGUCGCAUGUCGAGCUCGAAGCUCCAGGCUGUAGAUCCUCCAGUGUCGGCAGCGCUACCCGGUGACUCAUUCCAGCUUCUCCCAGAAGCCUCAAAGGCAGGCCAGGCAGAAGAUGCCCUCUUCGACGAACAAGUUCAGGCCGUGAAGGACUGGUGGGCGUCGCCACGGUACCAGGGCAUUAAGCGGCCAUACUCAGCGGAGGAUGUUGUGAGCAAGCGGGGAGCGCUACAGCAAUCAUACCCCAGCUCUCUAAUGGCAAGGAAGCUGUUCAACCUGCUUGAAGAGCGGGCGGCCAAGGGCGAGCCAGUACAUACCAUGGGUGCCAUUGAUCCCAUACAAAUGACCCAACAAGCCCCGAACCAAGAAGUGCUCUACAUCUCGGGAUGGGCAUGCUCGUCUGUCUUGACCACCACGAACGAGGUCUCGGCCGACUUUGGUGACUAUCCCUACAACACUGUACCGAAUCAAGUGCAGCGACUGUUCAAGGCACAGCAGCUUCACGACCGCAAAAACUGGGAUAACAGGAGGAAGCUGUCUUCAGAGGAGCGGGCAAAAACACCAUACGUGGACUACAUGCGACCUAUCAUUGCUGAUGGCGACACUGGCCACGGCGGUCUUUCAGCCGUAAUCAAACUCGCCAAACUCUUUGCUGAAAACGGCGCCGCAGCCGUCCACUUCGAAGACCAACUCCACGGCGGCAAAAAAUGCGGACAUCUCGCAGGGAAGGUCCUCGUCCCCGUCGGCGACCACAUCAACCGCCUCGUAGCCGCACGGUUCCAAUGGGAUACCAUGGGCUGCGAGAACCUUGUCAUCGCGCGCACCGAUUCUGAAAGCGGCAAGCUACUGUCCAGUGCUGUCGAUGUGCGGGAUCAUGAGUUCAUCAAGGGCGUGACAGAGGAGACGGAGCCCCUGGCGGAGACACUACAGAAUAUGGAAGCAGCGGGUGCGCCUGGCAAGGAGAUUGAUCAGUAUGAGGCAGCGUGGGUAAAGAAAAACAAGCUUGUUACUUUUGACGAGGCGGUUGUGCAGCAUCUUGAGAAGGAGAGUGCACCACAAUCGACUAUCGACGAAUACCUCAGCAAAGCACGGGAGAACCCAGACUUGUCCCUCCUCAAACGCCGCGCACUCGCCGCAAACUACACAAAACAGCCCGUCUACUUCAACUGGGAUAUCCCCCGCACACGCGAAGGUUUCUACCACUACAAAGCCGGCGUCGCUGCCGCCACAAAGCGCGGGAAGGAGUACGCUCCCUACGCCGAUCUCCUCUGGGUCGAAACCGGCGAUCCAAAUGUCGAAGCGGCAGCCAAAUUCGCCGGCGAAAUCAGAGCGCUCCAUCCUGGCAAGAAAUUCGUAUACAACCUCUCCCCCAGCUUCAACUGGAUGGGCCAAGGCUUCUCCGAGGAGAAAUUAAAGAGCUUUGUCUGGGAUCUGGCCAAGCACGGCUUCGUCUUCCAGCUCAUUUCCUUGGCUGGUAUCCACUCUACUGCGACCAUCACCUGUGAGCUCUCGCGUGCCUUCAAGGAUGAGGGCAUGCUGGCAUACGUCAAGCUGGUUCAGGCUCGUGAGAAGGAGCUCGGCUGCGAUGUCUUGACACAUCAGAAGUGGAGUGGUGCAGGCUACAUUGAUGGCAUCCUGGGUGCGAUACAGAGCGGUAGCUCGGGCAGCAAGAGUAUGGGAGAGGGAAAUACAGAAACUGGUACGUUCUAG